CGAUUUUAAAUAUGGCGGAUUAGUCCAACAACAUUUUACAGGGCAGUCGUGUUUUGUCAUGUUUUCUUUUGUGAAAGUUUUUGUUAAUCUUUUUACGUGAUUUUAAUAUGAUAUCGUCGAUAAUUUCACGUUUGGUUAUAUUGGUAUUUGGUACGCUCUACCCGGCAUACGCCUCAUAUAAAGCUGUACGAACGAAGAACCUAAAAGAAUACGUGAAAUGGAUGAUGUAUUGGAUAGUGUUCGCACUGUUCACGUGCACAGAGACGUUCACAGAUGUCUUCCUCUCCUGGUUUCCGUUCUAUUACGAGGUGAAGAUCGUUCUAGUCCUAUGGCUGCUGUCGCCCGCCACCAAAGGUUCUUCCAUACUCUACCGGAAGUUUGUGCAUCCGGCGUUAUGCCGACGUGAACAGGAGAUAGAUGAGUACAUAGCUAAAGCCAAAGAUCAGGGUUACCACACAGUGUUAAAUCUCGGCACCAAAGGCGUCAACUAUGCCACAACAGUUAUUAUGCAAACCGCCAUAAAGGGAGGCGGUGGUUUAGUUCAACAGCUGCGCAAGAGUUACAGUCUAUCGGAUUUGACUGAGUGUGAGCCUCGUGAAGAGCACGCCGCCGAUGAGGUCGACGAUGUGUUGGCGGAACCUAGGCUUAUUAGGCGCGCUGUCAAAAGCGCUUAUGCGGCCCGACGCAGUGCAUCGGAGUCGAACAGCCGUCAGCCGCUUUACUUCCCCGAAGUAGACGUCGAUGUCAGACCUCGACCCAGACUUGAAGAGCCAGACUUCAGCCAUAUAAAAUCGACAGAGGACAUAAGCUCGGGCUACUCGAGCGCAGACAAUUCGACGUCGCUAACACGAACGGCGAGCGUGGGCGCGUCAGCGAGGUCGCGAGCGAGAACUACCCGCACUACGGUCACCACCAUCAAACGACCGCAGGCCGCUGAGGAUAAAGAAGUUAUCGUCGAGGAGCUUUUGGAGGAUGAUUUUGAUAACACAAUGCCCCCUCUCGAGACAUUAUCCUCUCCUUUAUAUCUCUCCCACACUGUGCCACCGUUUAUUUACCAAUAUGUUGGCGAUCAAGUUAAAAUCAUUCAAGUUUUAGGCAAUUAUCCUUUGAGCUCUAACAACGAAACAAAUAAAGUUAGAACUGAAAGGGUCGAAACUGAUUUUGAUAAAAAUGAAGUAGAAUUAAAAAACUUAGAAGAAACAGAAAUAGAUAACAAUAGCAAAGAAGAUAAAAGUCCGGUUGAUAAACAAUGCACGUUGUCAAAUGAUAUGAAUGUUAAGGAAUCUGAGGUUACGCUGCCAAAUGAAAAACUUAUGGAUGAAGCCAUUCAAGAAGAGUUUAUUGAUACAGAAAGUAGAUCUGUUAACGAUGACUCCGCUGACAGUGACGAUGAAGCUUCCUUUGGCACACCGGAGCCAACACCAAAAUCCGUUAAAAAAAUGUCAAAGGGAAAAUAUGGCAAAAGCAAAGCUCCUCUGCCACCUAAGGAAAACGAAAAAGCAGUACUGACAAAUACUACUGAAUUAGAUAAUUCUGAAAUUCAAGAUCUGCAAAACUUUGAGACCACGGAAAUUUUAGAUUCUAAACUCAUUUUAAACGAUAGUCUUAACGUAGACUCAAAUCGACGAUCUAAAUCAAAAUCGCCCGCAAGAGGAAGUGGAAGUAAUCUUGGUUUUGGUAAACUAUUACAAUUUCCAAGUAAACUCGCUUUUUGGGCUAAAAGUGAUGAGAAAUCAAAAUCUGAUUUAUCAAUAUCAGCAUCCGACGAUAGUAAACAAUCUUCGGUAAAAAUGAAUGACGAAUUUCAAAGUUGUUUUGAUAUCGCCAAUACUUCCAAAGAAAUUUGUUUGACAGAAUCAGAAAAUGCCUCCAAAGAAAUAGACAAAGAAAAUAUUAUACAAGAUAUAAAAGAUAAGAGUGACGAAUUGCAAAAAUUAAUCGAAGCUAAACUUGAAAGUCACCCAGAGUAUAAAUUUAUUCCUUUAAAUGAUGAUGUCACAUUGUCAAAGAGCACAGAUGUGUAACCCCCCUUGUUCCGUUUUAUAUAGCUGCGAGACAACUGAAUAAUCACUUUAUUUUUAGUGAGUUCUUGCAUGGAUUUACGGUUUUUGUUUGUAUUUUUUUGUGUAUUCUAUUAUUUUUAUAGACAUAUAUUGAUAAUGAUUUGUAUUUUAAUUUUAAAGUUAUAUGAUUUUAACAUUAUAGUUCUUGAAUGUUUGCUUUUUUUAGUAUAUUUUUCUGCACUGAUAGUUUUUGUAUUUUGUGUUGUUUAUUUAUUUAAUGGUGUACCCUUACAGUUUAAUAUCCUUUUACUGCAUGAUAAUCUGGUAUUCAAAAUGUGUUCUUAGUUUUACAUUCUAAAUAUGUAGUAUGUUUGCCCGCUAAGUUCCUAAUUAAUUGACUGAUACAUUUAUAGAACAAAAUAUAUGUGCUUGGCUUCUUAUUAUUAAAAAAAUAUAUAUUUUUUAUUUUCAGGCAGUGCUGUCGGCCUCUGCUACAAUACCUCGCGCAAAAAAAUCUAGUAAAAGGAAAACUCAAUAAACACAUUCAUAGAGAACUAAAAAUCAGUAUAAUUUCAAUUAUUUAUCAUCUACGCUUUUAAAUAAAAAUCCAAAGCAAAGCAUGUUUUAAUUAAAAUUUGUUGUGCAAUUAGAAAGUUACCAAUAAUAUAAGCAUUAAAUGCAAAUACUUAGUGCAAUAAGGGUUUUGGUUAUGAGAAAACUAAUCUCAAAAAUAUCUUUGCUUACUGAAAUCAAACACCCGAAGGGUUUUUCUUUGAAAAUAUUAUUUUAGCCAAAAUUUGCCAAAUUUUUAGUAAUUGGAUACUUCAUUAGCAUGAAUAGACUAGAGAUAGAAUAGAUAGUUGUAUGCCUUUAUAAGAUACUCAAGCCCAAAGAGCCUGUUCACAAAUAAUUUAUUUCUAUAAAAUAGGUUGGAGGCUUCUGAUAUAGCGCACGAUGGUGUGUGGUACUCAUUAAUAUUUAUGACAUUACAAUAAUUAAUUAUAAAUAAAUAUUUAUGUAAACAAGUUUUACUAUUCAGAGACCAUUUAUGUUUUAACCUUAUUUUGAUCUGUUAUAAAUUAGGAUUUGACAUUAUGUUCCUUAUGUAGAUUUUAAUUUAGUGUAGUAGAGCACAAAAUUAUUAUUAAAUUACCCUAUUACUUGGAUAUUACCAUGACAAAUUUAAAUACUAUUGUAAAUAUAUAUUAAUCCAAGGAUUGGUUAAAUAUUGUAAGGGGCUUAUUGCUUCCAGUGUUGUAGCCUUUGUGCACAUCAAUGCUCUACAAUAAUGUAAGUUCUCUAAGUAUUUGGAUAAUGAUGAUCAUAUUUGCGUUUCAAUGGAAUAAAAAAAGAUAUAAAAC